AAUCUUGAGUUCAUCCUCUUCAUAGCUCCUGAACAAAUCCAAGCAGACUUCAUGAGAAAUAAAUCUGCCCCUUCUAAAAAAUUUUCAAAGCCUUAUCGAAUCGUAAUUUCCAACCGACUCCUCAAUAAACUUAUUACGAGUAAAGAAGCGAUGGAGUCAUCUCAAACUACCCACCUUCGUAAACUAGACGUAGAUGAGGUGUAUAACGAUAACUUUCCCACCCUUCAGGAAAGCAUGAAACAGAAUGACGAUGAAAAUUUGCAAGACUCCCAAAAAUUUUUUAGCCAAGAAGACGUCCACCUUCUGCCUACUGAAUGGGAGGAAAAAAGAGCAAGCAAACGAGAUCAUCUUCUCAAGCUUGCUAAAGAGAGUGAAGACCAGGACAUCUGCCCCGAAAGGAAUGAUCCAUUUUCUUGGGAAGACCAGAUAACCAAAAGAACUGGUCUGGUUUUCGUCCGUCCUUAUUUUAAUAAGUUGAAGGAUGACUGGUUUAUUCAUUGGGUGAAGGUUUCAUUCCCUCGGAAUGGCGAAACUGGAGGUGACUGUUCGUACUUCAAGAUUUCUCAGCACGAACUGCCAGAGCUGAUUGAACUACUUUCUCAAUUGGAAAAAGAAAUAUCCAGCCAGCCAAGAGGGAAACUAAUACCAAGACUUGCAAAUAGCAAGUAUUCUACUUUUGAAGACAGAAAUGAUGUUGCCAGAUUUUGGGCAAAAGACCAUUGCGUUUACUUAAAAAGUGGAAAAUUGGCUCUCAGGCAGCACCGAAAUUCAGAAAAUACCUACACGAUUAGAAUGUGGUCCCCACGAGAGGAGAAAUUUGGCUGGCAUGGUCCGCAAAUUUCGUUACAUAUUGGGCAGACCAAACAGUUCAUCAGUAUUCUACACGCGUUCAAGAAAUACAUCGACAAUCCACAGGAUUUGGAUACCACUGCAUCCGCUUAAUUAUUAUUAUUUGUGAAACAUUAUUAAAACAUUUUUUAACUUUUUUUGUUACCUUGGUGUUAAAGAAAAUAAACUCGUGAGAAAUCACAAAAUUGCAAAUCUUAUAAUCUAAAUUUAU